CAUGCAGUGGUCACAUGUGAUUAAAAACAUAAUAGAAGCCGACAAUCAUGUUUGGGUUAAGGUUCAGACAUGUCAGGGCGUUUAUCAACAUAUGAUGGCAUGGAUGAUCACGGACCACAGUGCGAGCCAAACAUGAAAACGCCCAUCUUGCUCCUUGAUGUUUUCCUCGUAAAUCACUCCCGCUGAUUUACCAUCUGACCAUUGCGAAUGUGAUUGGUAGGCAUCAUGACCGUGAAUCAUGUCAAGCCAUGAUGACAGUUGGACAUGGUUCAUGGUUGAUAUAACUUACAUACAUGUAGCAUCAUCUAAGCAUGUGAACCUCAUGAUAGCCUAAGCAUAUCAAGACUAUGGCAAGAAAUGACAGUACAUCAGACUCCAACAGUGAACCCAACAGUCCUUUGGCUUUCUCAACACAUGAAGAGAGACUUCUCUAUGCAUCCAGGCACGGCGACUGCCAGACCGUUGAACAACUUCUUGAGUGGAACAGUGAGGAUGCCAUUCAACUCAAUAUCAAUUGCAAAGGUACGAGUAAGGCCAACCUAGGCUGGAGCCCGCUCCACCUGGCAGCCUACUUUGGACACGUGGAGGUAGCCACCCUACUGCUAAGCUACAAUGCUGAUGUUAACAUCGUCAACAACAGCGGAGACACUCCACUCCACCGAGCAGCAUUUACUGGGAGACAUGAACUUGUCGCCCUGCUCAUUCAGUAUGGAGCAGAUGUCACCAUUGUCAAUGGAGAGGGGCAUAUGGCUCGGGAUAUCACCCAUGGUGACGAAGUUCAGAAGAUGCUGAUUGCAACUGAGCAGGCUCAGAGGUUAAAGCUAGAGCAACAGCUCCUGGCUGCAUCAGCAGAAGGCCUGUUGGACCAUGUCCAGUCAUUGUUGUUUGGUCCCCGCCCACCCAACAUCAACUGCAUUGACGUGACGGGAAACACUCCCCUUCACUGUGCAAGCUACCGCGACCAGCGGGACGUGGCCAUGCUGUUACUGCAGCACGGAGCCAAUGCCCGCCUCCCAAACAAAAAGGGACACACCCCUAUCGACCUUGCCCAGUCACAGCACAUGAAACAGUUGCUGAACAUCAAACCUGUCAAGGUUGUGCAUAGUGUGGAUAAAAUCGAAGGUUCGCUACUAAGGAGCAAAUUUACACGUGGCCUGAGAAAGUACUGGGUGGUUCUAGAUAGAGGUAUACUAACGUACUACAGAAAAAGAGAUGAUGCUGUGGCGGGCAUUAAGCGUGUAGGAUUCAGGUACCUUGAUCAUGCCGAAUUUAAGCCUAGUCCCACCAACUCCAACAUCUUCACAGUACAGUACUCUAACAACUCCUUGCAUACCUGGAUCCUGGAUUCUGACACCUCCAAAUUCUCCAGGGAGGACUGGCUGACUGCCCUGGAGGACCAUCGGGCUUACAGUGACUACUACACUACGGCCAGGACGGUAGAUGACGACUAUGAUGAAAUCAGCGAGGACUUCCUUCCCCUGGUCUCAGUUGCUGAUUCCCUAAAAACUGCACAGGCACGGCAGAGGUUGUUGGAGCAGUCAGCCGAGAACUUUCAGAAACUUGUGGAAACUUGUCUGAGCAGGAAAACUGACGACCAGGCUUCAGCUUUGGAGUAUCUCGAGAGCCUACCCGAAGUUCAGCGGCAACUAGCCAGCCUGACAGAUGCAUCCAAGAGUCUGUGUAGCACGUUGGCACAGUGCCUAGCUUCUAUGGCGCAGCAGGAGGAGCUACAUAAGAUCGAGCUGUCGCAGGCCCUUGAGAAAUCCCGCGUUCUGCAGGAUGGGCUGCAGGCCCUAGCGCAGGAGCACCACAACUUGGAGCAAAUCUCCAGGUAUUCUUCUUUGAGUGGGACCUUCUACGAUGCCAAGACGGAGGCCAGUUGUGCUGGCAGCCCAGAGAGCCUGAGUGAAAGGGCUUCCCUGGAUUUAGCUGGUUCCCUGAGUGACACGGACAGCUUCCACAGCAUAAUGGAUGGGACGAGCGGUUCCCUGGAGCGAUUACAUGUGGCCGACCCGGAAGGGCAGAGGUCAGAGAAGAGGUCAGAGGAGGUGUCAGGAGAAGAGAAGAAACUCACAGCGAACGGGGUGACAGAUAUAGUCAUACCAGGCUGCAGAAGGACAAAGCUGCCCGCCGUCAUGAUCCGCAGGGACCAGUUCAGCCUCUGGACGGUUCUGAAGCAAUGUAUAGGGAAGGAACUGUCCAAGAUCACCAUGCCAGUGGUGUUCAACGAGCCCCUGAGCUUCCUCCAACGGUUCUGUGAGUACACGGAACACUGUCAACUGCUGCACAAGGCUGCCAUGAACGACGACCCCGUGGAGAGAAUAAAGUACGUAGCAACGUUUGCCAUGGCAGCGGGGGCUUCCAACCUUGGCAGACUCAGCAAGCCUUUCAACCCAUUACUCGGGGAGACAUACGAAUUAGUCAGGGAAGACAUGGACAUUAAGAUAGUCCUUGAGCAGGUCAGCCACCAUCCGCCCAUCAGCGCCUUCCAUUGCACCUCCCCAUACUUCGAGUUCCAUGGCUCGGUCUACCCCAAGCUCAAGUUUUGGGGCAAGAGCCUGGAGGUGUUGCCCAAGGGUGUGGUCACAGUCACCAUCCCAAAGUACAAUGAGACGUACACAUGGCACAACCCCAGCAGCUGUCUGCACAAUCUCAUCGUGGGUAAGCUGUGGAUUGAGAUGUACGGCCUCCUGGAGAUGACCAACCACAAGACAGGUCACAAGUGCUUCCUCCAUUUCAAACCAGCCGGCUGGUUCGGCAAGGACCUCCACAAAGUGGAGGGUUACAUCACGGACAAGACGGAUAGGAAGAUUGUCAUGCUGUUUGGCAAGUGGACUGAGUAUCUCUAUGCCAUGGAACCCGAAGACUACGGGGAUGCCAAAAAAGAAGAGAAGAAACGUCAUCGGCACAGCAUUGGAUACGGCUCGGGAAACCCCUCGGAUCACGUCAUGUACGACAGCAACCUCAACCCGGAGGGGGAAGAGUUCAACGAUGCCGAGCUCUUGUGGCGCAACACGCAGAGGCCAGACAACUCCUCACAGUAUUAUAACUUCACGCUGUUUGCCAUGAGACUGAAUGAGGUCACUGAGCAGAUGAAGACCCACCUGCCGCCCACAGACUCCAGGUUCCGCCCAGAUAUUCGCUGCAUGGAGAACGGAGACAUAGAUUCGGCCUCGGAUGAAAAGCACCGACUAGAGGAGAAACAGCGAGCCACCCGCAAGCACCGUGCCAAGACCAAGGAGGCCUGGUCCCCGAUGUGGUUCAAGCUGGAUACCAACCCCAACACAGGCGAGCAGGACUGGAUCUACAAGGGCACCUACUGGAAUCGCAACUACUCCAGAUCCCCCGACAUCUUUUAAUGAUGAGCCACGGACUAGGUGCUCCAAAAAAAA